UAUCUAUCAAGAUGAAGCUGUUCAUAACCAUUCUCACCCUGACUAUUGUUCUUUCAACAAGUGCUGAAUAUAGUUCCAUACAAGGGCUGGUGAUAUGAACACAAUCUUAAAUCACAUUGAACAUGAAGCAUUCCAAAUUACAACAUGCUCUGAUACAGAAGAAGAGUAUUACAUUGGAUAUGAUGAAGAGGAGUUGUGGCAUGCUGAUUUUAAAAAGAAGAGAGGAGUAGAGACAGUCCCUGAUUUUACAGAACAGACAACAUUUCCUGGAUUUUAUGAAUUUGCUGUUGAUAACAUGGUAGGAUGUAAACAUAACUUACCAACAUUCGCUGAUGCUUUUAAGAGCAUACCACAAGUAGCGGAUCUAGAUGCACCCCAGACAUCCAUCUAUCCCAAAAAUACUGUACAGCUGGGUGUUCAGAACACCCUUGUCUGUCAUGUGACCGGCUUCUUUCCUCCAUCUGUCAGCAUCUCAUGGACUAAGAAUAAUGUUAAUGUAACAGAAGACAUUAGUUUAAGCCAGUACCGUCCAAAGAAUGAUGGUACCUUCAACAUCUUCUCCACUCUUAAGUUCACACCUGCUGAAGGAGACAUUUACAGCUGCACGGUUAACCACGAAGCCCUGCAGGGUCAACCUCAGACUAAAAUAUGGGAUGUUGAAGUUUCCAUGCCCAGUGUUGGUCCAGCAGUGUUCUGUGGAGUGGGUCUGACUCUUGGACUGUUGGGAGUAGCUAUGGGAACUUUUUUCAUUGUUAAAGGGAACAACUGCAACUGACUUGGAAUCAAACUUUUUUUUUUUUAAGUUGUUAAUUUACUGUUUAUUUAUAUCUGCAUGUCUGAGAUAUUGUUGACAUAAUACAUUGCUAUAGUUUGCAUUUUGCUGCAUUCUGACACAACGAGCUUCACGCAUUCUAACCAUUUCUCCACUCUUUUUUUUUUGCAGUUAUUCUGCUUAUUGUACAUAUUAAGUAAAAUGAUGUUUAUAUUAGUAGUCCCAUAUUCAUAAACACUUCAUUUUUACUUUAUACUGUGUGUGCACAUAUAUAAAUAUCGGAUUGGAGACUCGGAAUCAGCAGAUACUCAAUGCUAAAUAACUCGAAUCGGGGGCACAUAAAGUUCACUUUGGAUUAAAUCAGCAUUUUAUUGCUUCUCAAAAACGUUGAUCAUAAGUGAGAUCAAUUUUGCUUUCUAUGUACCACCAAACAUGCAUUAAAGAUCUAAAAGUAUUUCAUUGAAUUAAAAUUUUUUUUUAAUAACACUGAUUAAAAAACAUUCUCAAAGUGACCUUUAUUAUAUAUAUAUAUAUAUAUUAGGGAUGUCCCCAUCGAUUUUUUGGUGCCCCCAAUCCGAUCCGAGUCAUUAAAUAUUGAAUAUCUGCCGAUACUGAGUCCCAGUCCGAUACUUGUAUUUGGCACUUCAGGCACAUUAAGGUUAUUAAAAUCAAUCCAAUGUAUAUGCUGACAACUACAUAGUUUUAAAAUGCAUUAAGAAAAAAAGGUCCGACCUGUUCUUUACAGUUUUAUUAUUAUUUUACAAAAUGAACAAAUAUGUUUUCUCUUAUCAUACUAACAGUUAAGCUUAGUGCAGGAUUAUAAUAAAAGUAGUAUAGUGUACUAAACAUGAACGUCAGCAUCUCUGCCAUGUUGAGAUUUAGGCAUUAUUGCGAUUAAGUUUUACCUCAUUCAGACACAAUACUUCGAUUUAACUGAUUCAUAGUAAGCUCAUAAUCAUAGAGACCAUAUUAAUAAUGAAAUAUGUAGCAUACGCUGAUUUUAAUUGCAAUAAACAGGCAUGUAAACAUGUUAAUCACAUUAUUACCACUCUGACUGAAGGGCAUGUGCUCAGAUGUACACGGAUGCUGUGUAAAGCCCGAGACACACUGCACAAUUUUAGCAAUCCAAUAAGAUCAUUGCAGAUCAGGGAUCUAAUAAACUUGGCUACGACAUGUGUGUAGACUGUACGAUGAUGACACCUAUUGACUUGUCGGCUACGACACACAUUACUAUAGAAGAAUAAAACCUCAUCAGCAUUUGCUAGUGGUAAAGGAAAAAAGCAUGAUGAAUCACACUUUAGCAGUUGUAGUUGUUAUGUGUGCUGAAUAAUAAUUUUGGAAGCGGUGAAAGAGGAAGGGAUAAGAGCUUGAGGUAAGCAGUUUUAUAUAGUGCCAUGUCGUGUUGAUUUCAUGUAGCAUUUUUAUUGGCUGGUCAGUAAACCUGGAUUGUAGUAGCAAACACACUGCGGUGAUCAUGCUGAAUUUCUCACACUGUCAGAAAAUUAUCGUAGACUAUCUUUGGUCACAAGUCCGUGACAACGGCCAUCUUUGAACCUCUCUCACUGUACGACACAGGACCACUGAUUAGGAGCCAUGAUCACAGAAAUCGCCAUGAUUGUUUCACGAUGCCAAUCUUUCAUCUGGGACAGCCGAAAAUCGUUAAGUGUUGUCUCGGGCUUUAUUCACACAAAUUCAUGAAUGAACUCUGUGACAUUGCUCUGAAGUUUUCCUUACACUUCGAAUCGCUAAACUCUGUCAACAAAAAACACUGCGCUGCCUCUGCUCUGUAUUUUCAUCCAGAGACGACGCAAAGAAAGUGAUACAGCGAAGGCAGUUACAGCAGCAUUACGAUGUUCAUCACAGCGUCAGUGUUAUUCAUUGUCGUCUGAGUUAGGGUGAAUUCAGGUAAUCUGGGACACCUAAGCUCCAGUGUGUCUAUUUCCUGUUCUAAUGAAAUUUAGCCAACAGGACUUUUACUAUAAUUUUAGCAUGGAUGUCAUAUGACUGAAAUCACAUGACUUCAUGGGGGUGAUUCCACAGAAAGGGGCGGGGCACUUGUCAAUCAAGAAGCUCCCCUGGGAAUUGCAUGACAAGGUCAAUGACAUAGGAUUCUGACUAGAUUCAUGUUAAGGACAUAAAUCUAUCAUAAAUAAGACAAUGUUCCUAAUUGUUGUCAAAUUAUGUUUGUGAUCUAUUCAAGCAACAAAAUAUGUAUUAAAUUGUUGAAAAUG